GUAGGUGUACCGGAGUUUGGUGCUCCUUGGCCCGCCAUGACGAUGCCUGAACAAGGAGUGAUUGGCCAAUUUACCAUUUUCUUCGCGCUUUUUCUUGGAGGACUAAAGGAUUUUCUCUUCUCUCUAGAAGAGGAAUGGUUUGGAGCAACCCAUCCUGGAGUGGGAUGGGAGCUCACUCUCCCUGCUGCCCUGAUUGUUCUUGGUGUGAUAUUACUAUGGAGGACCGUCCUUGCGAUCAAAAGCAGGAUACGUCUAUUGACUGAGACACAGCUAAACGUGAAACUCGCCCAGCUAUCGAAAAAGAAAUGUGACAUAAUGAUUCAAUUGUCUGAAAUGGAGAUACUGUUGAAGGACUAUGACGCGCCAGUGAAAAGGUUGCGGGCAUGCCUGCAGUCCUCUCAGGAGGAUAGUCAGGAGCUGGAGGAUAUGAAGAAACAAUGGGACAUCAGAGCUGGAGAAAUGGAGGCAUUUCAUCUCCAGCUCCAGGAGCGUGUUGAACGCAUACACAAACUGAAAGCUGUUUGGGGACCGAUGGAACCACUUAAAGAGCAUCACGGUGGGGAUGCCAGGAUCCCUAGUGCCACCAACACCCAAUCUACCGAUCAAAACCACACUGGAGGAGGUGAACAGGGGUCUUCGGGACAAGAAUUGUCAGCUUGAAGAGAAGAAUGCUGCUCUACAUCAAAAACUCCACAGCACUGAGAAGAUGUAUAGACAGACUCUAAACGAGCUGACCAAAGCCCUGAUUCAAGGCAAACAUGAGGAAAAGCAACAU